AUGCUCGAUCUGCGGCGUCACGCUGUAGUCCCUAUCCAUGGCGGAGAAGAACCGGCGGCCCUCCUCGACGCGCCCGGCAUGCGUGCAGGCGCAGAGCACGCCGAGGAAGGUCACCCCGUCGGGGACAAUCCCGUCUUCUUCCUCCAUCCGCGAGAAGAGCGCGAGGGCUUCCUCGCCGCGCCCGUGCGUGGCGAGCCCCUGCACCAUGGAGUUCCACGAAACCCGGUCCCUCUCCGGUGUGGCCUGGAAGACGCCCCACGCCCUGCGCAGGUCCCCGCACUUGGCGUACAUGUCGAGCAGCGCAUUGCAGACCUUGGUGGUGCGCCUCGCCUUGGUCCUGGUUAUAUGCGCCUGCACCUUCUCCCCCAGUCCGAGUAGCCCGGAUUCGGCGCAGGCGGAGAGGAUGCUCACGACGGCGGCGCCGUCGGCCUUCAUCCCGGCUUCCUCCAUCUGCCGGAAUAGCGCGGUCGCCUCACGCGUGCAGCCUCUUUCGGCGUACGCGGAUAUGAUUAUGGUCCAUGAGACCAGGUUCCUGGCCGGCAUUUUGUCGAACAGUAACCUGGCCAUCUCCAUGUCACCCUUCUUGCAGUACCCGGAGAUCACCGUCGACCAAGAGACGACGUUCCUCUCCGGCAUUCUCUUGAAAAGCUCGAAAGCCUCCUCCGCCUCCCCGGCGCGGGCGUACCCGGCCAAGAUGGCGUUCCAGGACACUGUGUCUCUCACAGUCAUUCUAUCGAACAGCCUGCGGGCAGCGCCAACUUCACCGGACCUCACCAAGCCAGCUAUCAUGGUGUUCCAGGAGACGACGUCCCGGUGCGGCAUUUCGUCGAACAGCUUCCUUGCGGAGGAGUCGCCGGCCCCCGCGCGGCACCUGGAGUACGAAUCGAGGAGCGAGUUGGGCACGAAGAUAUCCCCCAUGAAGCCCAUCUUCACGAUGUGGGCGUGGAUCAUCUCCACCUGCGAGACCGCCGCCUCGCCGGCGGCGGUGUAG